CAUGUUAACUACUGUAUUACCAGUGCUCAUGCAAACUGUCUUUCCCGUCCACAGCUGGUUCUGGUAGGAGAUGGAGGUACAGGGAAAACCACCUUUGUGAAGAGACACUUGACUGGGGAGUUUGAAAAGAAAUAUGUUGCCACGCUUGGAGUUGAGGUGCAUCCCCUGGUUUUCCACACCAACAGAGGAGCCAUCAAAUAUAAUGUAUGGGACACAGCCGGACAAGAGAAGUUCGGAGGCCUGAGAGAUGGAUAUUACAUCCAGGCUCAGUGUGCAAUCAUCAUGUUUGAUGUAACUUCGCGAGUGACCUAUAAAAAUGUGCCCAACUGGCAUCGUGACUUG